CAUAAUUAUUAAAACCGUCCAGAUAGUGUAAGAAACUGGACAAAGAAGAGAAUUGGUAAAAACCGUAAAAAUUGAUUAGACCUGACCGGUUUAGAAAAAGCAAUGAACCGAACAGAUUUAAAAAAUUCGGACCGGUUGAAAUUAAAAAAAAAAAAAUUAGAAAAACCCAAGCCCAAAGGCAAAAAGACGUUGUUUGAUGUUUUUAUUUUCAAAAAAAUAAAAGAAGCCUAGCUUAGUCUUUCCUGAGCCCAUCCCCACCUCUAUCAGAGUAUCACUCUCACCUCAACUUCCAAAACGACACCACCCCCAGCCCAGCUCUCUCUCUCUCUCUCGUCGCUUCUCGCCUCUCUCCUCAGUUGGUUGUGGUUUUCGACUUCUUGCUUCGAGUCUCGCCAUCAGCUUCCUUGGCGCAACCAGAAGCUGGUCCCGAUCUGGUGAGUUCUGACUGAUUAGAUAACCGGUUCGGUUCCGAAACUAUGAGUUGCAGUAGUUUAAUUUGCUUUGAAACAUGUCAUGUUUUGAUUUCCAGUUCAGUGACCCAUACUGCUAGUAGUAGCUUUUCUCCUUUAUGCAUGUUGCCAUUACGGCAUUUCUUCUUUAGUAUAUAUCAUUGAUGUACAAUGAAAUAUGCUGUUUGGCUAUUCAAUUCUCAUUUCUGAUUUAUAAGAGGGAGGGAGGGAGGGAGGAGAACAACCAUCGCUUUCUGCAACUCGCUCCCUUCCCUCCAAAACCCUCUAAACUUUCUAAACUUCCAAUAUGAACUCACUUUUCAUUGUUUUUCAUGUUAUCCUGCUUGCAUCCUCAGUUCAUCUUACUAAUGCCUCUUAUGAAUAUUUUAAACUUGCCCUUGUUUGGCCAACAACCUUUACUCGUAUCCAUGCACCUGGAAGGAUGAUGACAAACCUCCCACAGCAUUUCACAAUACACGGUCUUUGGCCUACAAAUUUCUCGCUUCCUUGGCCAGAAAAUUGUGCUCAGAUAGAGAAGAAGCAUCAUUUUGACCAAACUUUGAUGACAUCGACAUUGCAACGUUACUUAGAGCAUUAUUGGCCAAGUCUAAAACCACGAGUAUCGAAUAUGAAGUUUUGGACGCAGCAAUGGGAAAAACACGGAUCGUGUAGCGCUGAAAGGUUUGAUCAAUCUAAAUAUUUUGGAAAGGCUGUAUUUAUUACACAUCGUUUGGACAUUCUAGCCGAAUUGAAGAAUGCUGGAAUAAUUCCAGAUGGAACUAAAACUUAUAGUCGCACUGACAUUGUCAAUGCAAUAAAAAACACUAAGACUAAUCAAGUUGAGCCCGAACUUCUGUGCGUCCAACAUCAGAAUGAUGUGUUAUUAUCGGAGAUUCGCCUGUGCCUUGAUGCUAAUUUAGCAGGACCUAUUCCAUGUCCUAUUGAUAGAUCUCCAGAUGUUACUUUAUGCAAAACAAUGUCCAAUCUCAUUAUAAUACCUGUGUAAUGUUUGUUUGAAUCCAAAUAUUAUUAUUAUUAAGUGUGAAAAAUAGGGAUCAAUUAUUGAUUCCCCAUAAAUAAAUAUGCUUGUAUUCAAUUGAUCAA